GCGCAUUGUAUACUGUUGAGGUCUAUAGCAGGUCUUGUGAAGAUAAACUACAAAUUCCAGGAUUCUGUUUAAACGAAAGAGGCGGUGAUUCAAACCGGGUCAAAGAAACACGAGCAGGAUGAAGCGGUCAGAGAAUUCCGAUAAUGAUAAGGAAGUCAAGAAGCAGAAGUUGCUGCAACAGCUUGGAGGACAGCAGAUACCGUAUCUAACACCUGCCGAUGAAGGCUUUCAAGAGCUGUGGAAGACCAAGUACUCCAAACUAGCCCUGAGGGAAGCCCACAGCACUCCCCCGGAGCUGCACGGCCCGGUCCAGACAGCACUCUCCACCCUCCUGGAGCGCGGCUGCUUGUUCCGGGACCUGGUCCAGAUGAAAGGUAAAGACAUGUUCACACCGGUGUCCCGUGUUCUCAUCGGAGCCCCGGGACACACCUACAAAUACCUGAACACCAGGCUCUUCACCAUCCCCUGGCCUACUUCUGGCGCAGGGGUCAGGUACUGUGACGAUGAGGUGGCCAGGGCCUGCCAGGCUGUGAAAGACCUCAACGACUACCUGUGCGUGGAAGCAGAGAGGUGUCUGACACGGCGUGAAGGAGCGCAGAGCACGGCGGAGACAACCGCAAGUGUCACGAGGGAAAAGGAAAGAGAAGCGAAUAACAGAACUGUGUUUAACGUGACGCUGCUGAAUUACAUGGACCCCACUGGAAUGAGCUACUUGAAAGAGGAGCCGUACUUUGGCAUGGGGAGGAUGGCGGUGAGCUGGCAUCACGAUGAGAACCUGGUGGAUCACUCGCCGGUGGCGGUGUACAGCUACAGCUAUAAAGACGCAGAGAGCUGCUCCACGGAAGGGGAUGAGAAGCCAGUGUCUGGGCGGGACUGCACUAUGUGGCAUGUUGCUCUGAAGGUGGCCUGGGACGUCCACACUGCCGGCCUGGCACUGCCCCUUCACUCCGGGGACUGCUACUUCAUGCUCGAUGAUCUGAAUAUGACCCACCAGCACUGUGUCCUCGCUGGGGUGCGGCCCCGAUUCAGCUCCACACACCGCGUGGCAGAGUGCUCAGCCGGUACGCUGGAAUACAUUUUUGGCCGCUGUCAGGUUGCUCUGAACAACUUGCACAAAGACCCGAGCUCAGAACGGCCAUCGCUGGUUUCUCUGGAGACGUCUGUUCUGAAACAAGCCGAAGAAAUCCACAAUGAGGUGGAGUUUGAAUGGCUCCGGCAGUACUGGUUUCAAGGCCGGCGCUACGCAAAGAUCAGCGACUGGUGGUGCAAACCCAUGGAGAGGCUGGAGGAGUGCUGGAGAGAAAUGGAGCUGAUGAGGUGCUGGAAUCACAAACGGAUGUGUGACACUACUCGGGCUCCUGAGAAGCAAGAACUCCAAAGGCAUCAUUGUGCCUGGGAAGUGAUUUUCCUCUGCAGACCUGGCUCGUGCUUUGCGCAGUGGAAGGUGAAGAAUGUCCCGCUGCAGACAGGCAUGAGGCUGUGCAGGGCCUCCUCCCAGUCCUGGAAGAGCGAAACCAGCUCCGGCAGCACUGGAGGGCCAGGUGCCAGUCCAGACUUGCCAAAACAUUACCAGCUGAUGAAGAACCUAUAUGCCACCCUUACUGGAGCGAGCACAAUGCUUCUAUGCCACUGCCAUUCGACCUGCAAGACACAUUAUUUCACCUAGAGGACAUUCUGAACCUCGCAGGGCUUUGAAGAGUGGCACUGAAACGGCUUCCUGCUGCAUGUGUGUCAGUCAGCCGGAAUGGAUUGCUGAAGACACUGAUCAGCGUGCUUUUAGACGAUACCCAUCAGCACUGAAAGGGCUAUGCAGUGUGAGACCAACCCAAACACUACACUCAUACCUGGAGUCACAAUUCUAGGUUAAGUUAGUGGUUGAUUGGUAUAAGAAAGAAAAACAAAAUGGUAAUGGCGGUAUGGCGCUGCUAAAGUCAUUCUUUUUUUUUUUUUAAGAUUACGCCAAAAGCAAUACAUGGUUACCGAUCCUUGCAUUUUAAAAUAAAUAAAUAAUAAUGAAAAAAAAAGACUAUAAUUACAGGAGGGUCUGAUAGAGACCCAAGUGUGCUGCAAGCUAGAGCCAAAUUCAAGCACAGCCAGCAACAAUGAACAAUCACUGCCAAAGCUGUCCCUGCGGAGGUCUUCAACAAGAUGAACGGAGUGCGCUGGCUUCAGGUCCAGUGUUAGGUGGAAUGCUACCAGAAAAAUGUUCACUUGCCCACCAGACAGGUUAAGGGUCAGUUGCCUUUAGACAAUGGAGAACCACUAAUUGUCCUACAGCAGUCUUGCUAAUUAGAAUUAAAUCAAUGCAAAAACAACUGUUGUGUGACUAGAAUUUCCUGUGUUCUAGAUCCAUAUCACAUUAUCUGAAAAAGCAACAAGCAAUUUGUUUCGGAUGGCAAAACAAAUAUAUAUAUAUAACGUGGUUGAUGGUCCUUUGGUAUGCAACAGAUUGUCUGCAUAUCUUUCCCACUCUGCCCGAAUCCAAAUGCAGAUGUAAGGAACGUGAUAAGGUCCUGCUAAAAACCUUUCACCUGAGGGUUAAUACUGGCAAGCUUAUGUCCACUCCAGCCACCCACAGCUGAUCUCUUGUCACUUUUAGGAUAUAUAGUUUGCAGAACUGUAUCCUGUUACAAGUUGAGACAGAUACUCAUCUCUGCAAUCUGGUUUCUCGAAAGAAGCAAUUGGUUGACCAUCUGUGACACUUACUGGCAGCCUCCCGGUAUUGAUUAUUUCAAAGCAUCUAAAACCAAAGAGUUGAGAAGCAUUGUUUUAUUGAUAAGGUCAAGCAGCUGAUGCCCUUAUUGAUAAAAAGGUUCACUGUUAACUUGCUUACUGUACAGCACGACGCUGAUGAAGAACAUCACUUAGCAGCUGCAAACUGUGUCUGUAAGUCUGAAAAGCAGGCAUGUUUUAAGCAAGAGCACUGUUCACUGCUUCCUAAUGAACAAACUUGGCGCUACAGCCUUUACCGUGGUACAGUGCAUUUAUGACAUCUUGGUUUGAACUCGUAGUACCCACAGGGUUUCAUAACCACCUUUGUUUAAAUCAUAUUUUAUGAGGGGGCGUGUUCAACAAUAAGUGACCAAGAACAAUUUCUCAUAAAAACACAAAUGUAUUUAAAGAAUAUAAAUCUUAAUAAGGUAAAAUGCUGAAAGAAUGCACAAGAAAUAGCACAUUUAAUUUGCAUUUACAAAUGGAUCCCACAGCAUGACUUUGAGACUCAUUAUUGGUUGGAGCACUUGUUCCACAUGUCACUGCAUUAUAUUCCUCUUGUUUUCAAAUAUAUCUUGGUGGACUGGAUGCACCUCGCUUGUGGUGCGGUUGCCAACUCCAGUUUAGUCAUUUUUCCAUCUUCUCACUAAAUGAUGAACAGAUUAUUUUCUAUGACAAGAGGUCCCUGUGGGGACUUCCAAAGGAAACAAACACAAGAAGUGCUACAAGCUAACGCAAGGAUAUAGCAGGUUCUUCUGUACAGGAAAUGCACAGGGCUAUCAAAAUGAUUGCUAAAUAAAGACCACGCUGCAAGAUACAAUGCACUACAGCUCUCUCCUGGGCUCUAUGGAGGAUGACAGUUCCUUCUUAUCUUAAUGAAUACCUUUUAAAAAGGCAGGUCUCAUCUGGAAAUUAUAAUGCUGCAGCACAAAGCCUAUUCUUGCUUUCCUUCUUUCUUUUCUUAUGUGUAUCUGUUAUGGUAUAUAUCUAUUGCAAUUGAUUCUUUCAAAACUGUUACAGUAGUGACCAUAGUACUUGACAUAUGGUUAAUUAUACACAACAUUAAAGAUCUUAAACAAUUAGUGAUUACAAACAUGGUACUAUUGUUUCCAUGAAUUUUGACUUGUACCAGUGAGCAUUUUGGAACAUUGUCUGUUUACUUUGCACGAGACGAUACACAUGGCAAAAAGAAGGUAUACUUGAGUCUUCAGGAAUGUGCAAUAAACAGUAAUAUACAAAAAUAAGUCAUGUAAUCACAGUGCUGUAGCUCAAUGCGGUGCAGACCAUUGCGCUGUGUAAUCACAGUGCGGUAGCUCAGUGCGGUGCAGACCAUUGCGGUGUGUAAUCACAGUGCUGUAGCUCAGUGCGGUGCAGACCAUUGCACUCUGUAAUCACAGUGCUGUAGCUCAGUGCGGUGCAGACCAUUGCACUCUGUAAUCACAGUGCUGUAGCUCAAUGCGGUGCAGACCAUUGCGCUGUGUAAUCACAGUGCGGUAGCUCAGUGCGGUGCAGACCAUUGCGGUGUGUAAUCACAGUGCUGUAGCUCAGUGCGGUGCAGACCAUUGCACUCUGUAAUCACAGUGCUGUAGCUCAGUGCGGUGCAGACCAUUGCGCUGUGUA